AUGAGAAAACAGGUCACUUUUGAUCAAAAUAAGGGUAACUCUUUGAAAGGUACGGUUUCCGUAACUACACCACAAAAUGAAACUGUUAGGAUCACGCGAUCCAAGUAUGUGCCAACACCGAAGAUGACUGGACGGAAGAAAGCUCUUUUCUAUAGCGGAGAACAAACGCCAAGGGGGAGAUCAAAAUCACUGGAAGAAGAUUCAGACUUGGGACCAAUGAGUCCUCUAAAAUUUAGCAACAGUCCGAAGAAACCUUCCGCCAAGGCACUAAACAUCACAACUUUUCGUAACAUCUUGGGAAAUGCUUCACCAGAAAGUGAUCGAUCGCUUUCGCCAGAUUAUGAACGCCGAUUCUCUCAUUCGGAGCGUUAUGAAAUAUUGCCAGUCUCUUAUGGUAAGGAAAAUCUCAUGUCGGACGAAGAAACUCGUUUAUCGUUUCCAAGUGGAACUCCUCGUGUUCGAACACCAGCUCAAAGUGCAUUAUUAGAUGAAACAAAUUCGAACAGUUUAUCGAUUUUAAUGAGCUCUGAUUUAAACAUUGCUGAAAAACGACCACAUCUAUUAAAAACACCCGGUUUAUCCGAGGCGAACUUUCAGAAAGAACCAAAAAUAACAUUUCGAAAGUUUAGUCUACAUGAAAAUACUUUAACGCCUAGCACUAAACCGGAAACACGCACGCUUGGUGAACCGUCUGAGAGCAAAGCACGAACUUCCCUCUCAUUCAACGACCUGCGGCCUAUUUCUACGAAAUCCUUCUACUCUUCCGCUAAUGUUCAGCUUGCUGCCCAUAGACAUGUUCCAAGGACAAACCAAUCUUUGCCAUGCAAAAUGAAUGCUAAAAUACCUAGACAACGAUCUUCAUCGUAUCAACAAAAGCGUGCCAAAACUCGUAGUAGUUCUGUUCGAUUGGGGAGCUUCAACAAAGGAGUAUUUCAUAAGAUUAAGAAACCAACAAUAAAGAAAAGUAGCAUUAAAAAAAUGUCCACAAGUCAGGUGAUUGAGUCUACUUCUUCUAUGUUAAAAGUAUCGCUGGAAAAUACCGGAGAAAGUAAAUCUGCUCCAUCGACGCCUCAAGAAUCAAAAUUGUUUCAUCAGUUGGAUCGUAUCAGACAUAUUUCCAAAGACAAGAAAAAAUCCGUCGAACAGGUUCGCCAAUUGUCCAAAUCAAUGACGGAUCUGUCCAGUAUAUCAGUAUUUAGCAACGAUGCGGGAUCGGAUCGAAGCGAUGAGGACCAAGACGAUGAUGAACAAACUCAACAAUACGAUAGUGACGAUGCCAAAUCGGAAGGAGGUAUUCGUAAAUUUUUUAAGGCCAACUCACGAAGACGUGUUAGGCGAGAAUAUAAAAUUGUCAACAAUGUGUCUGCGACGGUGCGAAAGGGAGGAAAGAUUUCACUUAAACAGAAUAAAGAAAAGAAACGGAAGUAUCAGUCUCUGUUUGACGAAGAAUUUGACUUUGAAUCCGAACAACUGGAGGUAGACGAUAUUAUCAGUAAACUCAAUCAGUCGCAAGUGGAAAACAUUCAGCCGACUAUCGAUCAUAAGCGUGAAUUUGAAAAGAAGCCAAUCAUUCAGCCAUCAAUCAAUACAGUGACACAGGUAGAAGUUAUCGAUGCUCCGCAAAGUGAUAUCAGCAAUGAUGAGCCAAUUCCGAUGCAAUCGAACAUAAUUUUUGUCGAUAGAUUUUCUCCACUUAUUGGAACUUCGGAUGGAAGCACCUCUUUAGAAGAGGAGAACAUCAAUCGAAUCUCUCACCACGAAUCACCCGCGACUCAGAUUCCAGCGCUAGGUUCAGAAGUAGACAAAAAAUCGAAUGAUCAACUGCACGAAUCGCAACUACCAGGGCGUGGUAAUCAAAAGCUGUUUCCCAUAUUUGACAAGAAUCAUCAAGCGAUAGCUUCUGAGUUCGCUCCAGAAACUAUUACAAACCUUUUCGAUCCUCAACGAAAACGUCAGAAACGGUUCUUGAAUAGCUGGAAACCGAUCGGUUCCAACCAAUAUCAAAUCGAUGCCGGACAGAAGGACUAUGGUGCCCAGCAGUGUCGAGAAUGUGGUUUGGUGUACAGCGUUCACGAGCCAGAGGAAGAAUUGAUCCACGAAAACUUUCACAACUCACAACACGUGCUUCGAUUCGGUGGCUGGAUCAACGAACCCAUUAUUGCUCACGUUCCCGAAUGGGAUGUUUCCGGUAGAAUUCUGGCCAUUACGAUCGCCGAAGGCAAAAUGAAGCUGCAAAAAGUGAAUGAUGUACUGGCCGUUGUUGAUCGAGAGCUAGGUUAUAUCGAACCUUGUCAACUUUUCAUGGGUUCGGUAGUAUAUAUGGCCGUGGCUCGCUCGUUGGUGCUGGGAGUUUGUGUGGCUCAACCCCUUCAGCAAGCGAAUCGAUUACUUUCCAUCGAAGGUAUUUACGGUUCCAUUGAUUGUUGUACAAUGGAAACUUUUCCGGCAAAAUGUGGAAUCUCACGAAUAUGGGUAUCGCCAAACUUUCGUGGCUACGGAAUUGCUCGGACACUGCUUACUGUGAUGAAGUCUCACUUUAUUUUCGGUUAUCCCUUGAGCUACGAUGAAAUUGCGUUUAGCGCUCCGACCGAGGCUGGCAAACGGUUAGCGGAAAGCGUUACGGGACGAAAGGAUUUUCUCAUCUACAUGUAAUGUUGCACGUUGUCUUUAGCGUUUGUGUAUGUAGGAUCACUAUAUUUUCUACUCUGUUACUAUUGUUUUGUUACUUAAAACUCUCAGCUUUACUGACUCUAACCAUGACGAUAGUCUAAUUUCAAUCUGAAUAUAAAAUGAAUAAAGAUUCUGU